AUGAGCGAAGUCUCGCCGACCGCCGCAGUCUCGUCUUCGUCCACCCUCUGGGCUACAGCAUCAAAGGAGUGGGUGAUACCCGCAAAACCCAAACCUGGUAGAAAGCCAAAGAAGGAGUCUAUCGCGCCUGUAGAGGAACCCGCACAGCUGGACAGCAAGGGAAGACGCGUACAGAAUAGGGCCGCACAGCGCGCGUUUCGUGAGCGCAAGCAAUCUCAACUUGCUGAGCUUCAAGCUCGCGUGCAGCAGUAUGAGCAAGGGGAAGUUGAACGUAAUGUUCAACUACAGAAUAUCGCAAAGCGGUUAAAAGAAGAGAACGAGAGUCUCAAAACAGAGAAUGCGUUGUUGAAGGAGAAGGUGGAACAAUUGUCGCAAACCCUCACGCUGCAAGACGGAGUGAAGAAGAGGUCAAGGGAGCCAUCCCUUCAGUCUCUGAAUGUACAUUUCGUUCCACAUACAAAGAAGAAAGCGAAACUUUCUACCGAUCCUCAAAGCACAGUAAUCCCUUCAGGAUCCAGUACACAUUCGUCCUCACCUUCGUCCUUGGGUUCCCCUCCUUCACCCACCGACUCCUCUCACACGGGAUUUUCUCCUAUACCUCCAUUUUUGUCCAGUCAUGACGUGUCAUCCGCGAAUGUUCUCAAGAACAUCUUCGACAUAAGUUCAGAUGGAAAAGGCGACCUCUUCGAGAAUAACGUGCAUCUGGACUCUUGCGGUUUCUGCAACGAGACUUUACCAUGUGUCUGCAGGGAUAUGCAGUUGGAGCAAGCUGCCGAAACUAUGUCGCUAACUGAGCCGUCAACACAGGAUUUGGGCACCGCAGAUCUGAAUCCUUCAGUCUCCAACUCCACCCGACCAUCUAUCCUUGACAAUCCUCCUGCGUACCAACCUCCCGUACCUCUACGUCGCCGAGUCCCUAAUCCCUCUUUCCAUCCCGUUUUCCCAGUGUAUUCUGCAUCUUCCGAUUCAUCCCGCGGCGUAUCUUGCUCUGGUGAUCCGUCCAAUUGUUUGGCAUGCGCUGAUGAUGUCUUCGGGAAAGCGUUUUGCUCUGCCAUCAGCAAGUCUGUUGCGUGCACGUCUCAGUGCGGAGAUUGUCCCAACUUCUCCGAUCUUGGGAGGAACAAUGCCAUCCUGCCUGGUUGCUGCGGUAAUCCCGCCUUUUGUGGGAGUACUCUCUGUGGUGGAGGCUCUACUACGAGUGCGACAUUGUCGCCCGAGAGCUCUUCGUCGGUCAUGAUGUCGAGUUCCUCGAGCUCUGAGACUAUGCCAUGUAAUGAUGCGUGGCGUCAGAUCAAGUCACACCCCAAUGUCGCAUACACCGACCUCACGCUUCUCGCGGAAGUUGUUGCACGUCGGUCGAAGUGCGACGGUCCGAGCGUAGAGAUAUGCUCCGCACCGGGCGCGAUCGCACCUGAGCGUGGCCUAACUCCGGUUGUUCCACCUGUGUCGCAGCAAGCCGAGACGCUCAACCAGCCAGUGCUGUUAACGGAUCCCCAUGCGCACUAUCACCGGUCACAGAGACGGCCAGGGUCGUCCCCUCCACCACAGUUGGUACCCCAAGAAGUGCUCAUCAGAUGUGGACGCCAGCGCGUGCGGGAGGUCAUGGCAGAUGGUGUUCGUGAUGCUCUCAGGUUGUUGGACGCGAAGUUCUCGCUACCAUGA